UGUUUAAAAGAACAGCCGACCUUCCGUGUUCCAUAAAUGACGUAGUACUACAAUUAGUUUAUGGAAAUAUGCGCGCACCACCAGGAAGUGAAAAUUCACCUUGCCAGAAACUUUUGAUUAAACCUACGAGUGAAGAUGAGGAACCAGUUAUGGGCAUAUGGGCACCUCCAGAUUCACUUACUAAAGGUUGUAUCUUUGACGACUAAUAAUUUCAUAAAUUUUCAUAUUUUACUUUCAGCACUGGGUCUGAAAAUUUUCUUUCCAAACAUGACGGCGCCAUUCAAACUUCCGGACGAAAUUCCGGUACCUCCUCAUCUUAUCAUGGGCUACGAUGCUUACAAAGCCAGAGAUGUUAUGAAACUAAUUAAUAAAUACCCUGGAGAAGUGUUAGCAGUAGGGUUUUUCACGUCUGACAAACCAGGAGAAGGACAAUUGAUUGCAAAGAAUUUGAACGAAUUUGAAGCCAGGCCAACUCCUCCAACAUAUGAAGAAAAAAUGGUAAUUCAAAUAUCGAAAACAAAUCUGGACUGUCUGAUUGAAUUUUUGGAAUUAAACCCUUCGUACAAAAGUGUCGACGCGGUAGAAGGAGAAAUAGAAGCUAAAUACUUCUUCCCUCUGGGCUACAACAUACCCGUCAAAAUUAAGGAGGAAAUCAAGAAGAAGGUUAAAAGGAAGGGCAAAAAAGCUGCGGUCGUUACCGAACAAAUUGAAGGUGUUCCUCCUACAACCGAAGGUGAAGUAUCCGCUGAACAAGCUGACGAUGAAAAGGUUCACGAAGAAGAAACCUUAAUUGGUGAUGAGGGCGAAAUUGAGGAUCACGAAAGUGGCGAUGAGGACGAUGAAGAUAAUAUAGAAGGUGAGGAGGAAGAUGAAGGCGAAGGAGGGGCACAUGAAAUAGAAGAUGGGGAGGAGAAUAACGAAGGAGAGGAUAAAGCUACUUCACCUAUGCCAGACAAAUCAGAAAAUUAAUUUAAUUAAAUACAUAAAAUCAAUAAGUUCAACGCUAGACUUUAACAUAGUAGAUGAUGAGUACGUCAUAGUUGCGUGUAUUCUGGGCUGCCUAUCUUUUGCAAUCGUUCAAAUAUAUAAAGUUUGUUUUUUAAAUUAUCUUAUUUUUGCUUUUAAAUAAGUUAUUGGCAUCUACGAUUUCCACAAACUAAAAGUUUACUUUUUUUAAGCAGGUAGAUUUGAUUGUAAUUUACUACCUUUUCGGACAUUAAGUAGUUUAAUUAAUGUUUAAGCGGUAAAAUAUUUGCCACAUUCCUCCAGAGAUGAAAAAUAAAAAUUAAUGGAAUUUUGUUUACCACUGAAUAAAAGAAUAACACAAAUAAAAGUAUUUA